AAGGCAGGAGAAUGGGGUUAGGAGGGAGAGAUUGAUCAGCCAUGAUUGAAUGGCAGAGUAGACCUCAUUAUUCUCCUAUCACUAAUGAACAAAGAAGAUGGGAACUUGACCUUGUCAAAGUCGACAGUGUGAGGAGGGAUGUCGGUGAAUACAAUGAUCUCACUGCCCCUCAUAAUCUGACCAUUUCCCACAACAUUUUAAAGGCCAUCCAUCGCGUAUCCUUGAACUGUUCCACUGCAUGAACUGCAAGGUGACCACAACAUUGUUGUGAGGAGGGGAAUGUGAUAAUUAGUGGGUCAGGCCAUUGGGGACAAAACGUCUCCUACUCUUUGAAACGUUGUCAUGAGAAACUUUGUGUUCGUGUAGAGAGCGGAUAACAAAUCAACAACCAACAACCUGCUGGAAGGUAAAACAGCAGAAACACUUUGAGUCGACGCAAAGUGCUGGAGUGACUCAGCGGGACAGGCAGCAUCUCUGGAGAUCAUGGAAAGGGGAUGUUUCAGUCCAAAGAAAAUCGUUUACAAGAUUUGUUGGAAGCUAAAGCACUGGCCCUAGCACAGGCUGACCGUUUGAUUGCCCAGUAUCGUUAUCAAAGAGCCCAUGCAGAGGCAGAGGCACGACAAUUAGCCUCACUUCUGAUGGAAGCAGAGAGAAAAAAUGAAGAGCUUGAUGGAGUGCUGAAGACUCAGCUGCUGGAAUCUGACCGUGCCAAGGCUGAUAUUGAAGAGCUUUAUCAUCACAAUUGUAAACUACAGACUGUAGCUGAUGAGCACGAAUCCUUGAAGAUUACCUCAAAAAAUCUUUCUCAAAAUCUUGAUAAUGUUGAAAGGCAAUUUAUUUAA